UUAUUUCAGUACUAUCAACUAUUACUACUCUCCAAUCUCUAUUAGUUGAAGCACCAUCAAUUUUCUUUACAUAAUAUAAGGUACCACAACUCCUACAAAUUAAACUACUUUGUUCAUCAUUUUCUCUCCAGACUAGUCGCCAUUUCGUCGAUGGGUCGAUCUCCGUGUUGUGACAAAGUUGGCCUGAAAAAAGGACCUUGGACACCUGAAGAAGAUCAAAAACUCUUAGCUUAUAUCGAAGAACAUGGUCAUGGUAGCUGGCGCGCAUUACCUACCAAAGCUGGACUUCAAAGAUGUGGUAAGAGUUGCAGGCUCAGGUGGACUAAUUACCUUAGGCCUGAUAUCAAGAGAGGAAAAUUCACUUUACAAGAAGAACAAACCAUCAUUCAACUUCAUGCUCUCUUAGGGAAUAGGUGGUCGGCCAUAGCCACUCAUUUACCCAAACGAACAGAUAAUGAGAUCAAGAAUUAUUGGAAUACUCAUCUCAAGAAACGGCUAGUGAAAAUGGGGAUCGACCCAGUGACCCACAAGCCGAAGAACGAUGCCUUGUUGUCCAAUGACGGUCAGUCUAAAAACGCAGCUAACCUUAGCCACAUGGCUCAGUGGGAAAGUGCCCGGCUAGAAGCCGAAGCUAGACUCGCUAGACAAUCUAAACUCCGGUCCAAUAGUUACCAAAAUUCACUCGCAUCUCAAGAAUUUACCGCUCCUUCACCUUCUAGUCCUCUUAGUAAACCCGUUGUGGCCUCAGCACGUUGUCUCAACGUGCUGAAAGCCUGGAACGGUGUUUGGACCAAACCAAUGAAUGAAGGUUCGGUCGCGAGUGCUAAUGCUGGUAUUUCAGUUACGGGAGCACUCGCGAGGGAUUUGGAAUCUCCUACUUCUACACUAGGCUAUUUCGAAAAUGCGCAACAUAUUACAUCAUCAGGAAUUGGAGGAAGUUCUAAUACAGUUUUGUAUGAAUUUGUUGGAAAUUCAUCAGGGUCUAGUGAAGGUGGAAUUAUGAAUAAUGAUGAAAGUGAAGAAGAUUGGAAGGAAUUUGGGAACUCAUCAACUGGACAUUUGCCUCAAUACAGUAAAGAUGUUAUUAAUGAAAAUUCAAUUUCAUUCACGUCAGGACUACAAGAUUUAACUCUACCAAUGGACACAACAUGGACAACAGAAUCCUCAAGGUCAAAUACAGAGCAAAUUUCCCCUGCCAAUUUUGUGGAAACAUUUACAGAUCUAUUGCUUAGCAAUUCCGGCGACGGCGAUUUAUCGGAAGGCGGUGGCACGGAAUCCGAUAACGGAGGGGAAGGUAGUGGCAGUGGAAAUCCAAAUGAGAACUGUGAAGAUAACAAGAAUUACUGGAAUAGCAUUUUUAACUUAGUGAAUAAUCCUUCUCCAUCUGAUUCAUCUAUGUUCUAAUUAGAGUAGUUUUUUUUGUUUUUUUUUUAAUUUUUACUAGUGAUUUUGAGUCAAUAAUUCUUAGUUAUUGUGUUCAUGUGUGUGUCCGUUACAGCAAAUGACUAGUGUGGUGUGAAAUUUACAAGUGUGGAGAAAAGAACACCAUGUGUAGAUUUGACUCUUUAUUUUCUCUGACCUCAUGUUGAUUGUCUUCAUGUCCAUAAGCUAUGAUCAAGUGUGUUGGUUCAAUUAAUUCAACACCCAACUGUUCCAA